CUUCUAUCAUCAACUGAUUCGAUUCGAAUUCAAGACAGAUAAGCUAGCACACUCGCAAUUAAGCAGGGAUUACUUUAACGCCGAAGAAACAAUACCAUUAUACUACUGCUCUACUCUCUACUUUUACCCCGCGAAUCAACGCAUACUACAUCGAGCAUAGAAGCAGCGGUUACGGAGUACAAACAGCGAGCGCAGCCAUGUCCACCGCUUCUCCACCCAAGUCUCUUACCGCACAGUGCGAGGAAAUCCUCGCUGAUAUCAAACGCUUCGAACAAUCGGCUUCGGGCAGGGAGCUGUCGCAGACGGAUCGCGCGGAACGGUUGCGGCUCGUGCAAUCGCUUGACAAGCUUGCGCUGAGGUUGAAGGAUCCUAGGGAGGCUAUUUUUGAUCAAUUUACGAAUUUCGUUGAGACGUGCAACCUGCGCGGGUUGCUUGAACUCAAGGUCCCUGAAACCAUUCCUCGAAAUGGAAGGAUAACGGCUAAAGAGUUGGCGGGCAAGGUUGGCGCUGAUGAGAGUUUGAUUGUUCGCUUGAUGCGGAUUCUCACCGUGAAGGGGAUAUUCGAUAUGGUUGGUCCUGAUGAAUACGCACAUACGCCGUUUUCACUGGCAUAUCUGGACGGACAUGAAGUGGACUUUUUCAAGCUGAUGUGCGAUGAAAUCCUCGUCAACACAUCCAGACUCCCUGAAUACUUCCGAGAAGUCGGCGGGAAAGAUGCGACAAGUAUCACCAGCAACCCUUACUCAUGGGGGAAUGGAAAGGAUGGGCAGACAUUCUUCCAAAUCAUCUCGCAGGACGAGCGACGACUCAAGCAAUUCGACAUUGCCAUGUCGACGCAGGACUUCGUGCUCCCUGUGCUGGGCAUGUACCCGUUUGGUGAAGAGUUAGCUGGACUCCCCGACACAGAUACCAGGGCAUUGCUCGUGGACAUUGGAGGUGGCCGAGGACAAUCCUUGAUCCAAAUUCGGCAGGAAUGGCCGAAUCUCGAGGGGAAAUUUAUCCUCCAGGAUCGCCCCAUGGUCCUGGACUCGUUCCCCGAGAUCCCAGGCGUCGAGAAGAUGGCACACGACUUCUUCACAUUGCAGCCUGUUAAACAUGCACACGCGUACUACAUCCGACGAUGCUUCCACAACUGGACCGACGCGCACUGCACCAAAAUUCUCCAGCAGAUCGUGCCGGCCAUGGCGCCUGACUCCCGAGUGCUGAUCGGCGAGAUGGUGGUCCCCGAAUAUGGCAGUGAACGGCCCGGGAAUGUCGAGGACAUGGCAUGCUAUUGGAUGGACCAUGCCAUGUUUACAUUCGGGGGGCGCGAACGCACCGAAUCGGAUUGGAAGAAGCUGUUUGAGAGCGCUGGGCUGCGACUGGUGAAGGUCUGGCGGAGUAAGGCUGGGAGCCAGACGGUGCUGGAGGCUAAAUUGCCUGCAGAGCAGUGACGUGCACGAUGCCAUGUAUACAAAGUACGUGCAUGGGACAGGUAUGACGUAUAUGCUGUGAGUAGCCAACUGGACGACUCUGUAGAUAGAUGAGACACUGGUGAAGACGGAAUGGCACAAGUGAGGCGGGUAAGGAUGUCAGGUGUGUUUGAGGAUCAUCAGGCAGACAACCAGAAACAAGGUCUAGAAUUUGAAGCUGCAAGAGAACGAGAAUAGAACGAAGCAAAGCCAACUGCAGAAAAUUAGAGUUAGACCGCCAUUUGUCCGUCGCAGAUUAUUAUUAUUAUUAUUCUGUACAACCAAUCCGUGUGCCUACUAUGUACGCACCGAUAGAUAUGCACCAUCGUUUGUCUUCAGCGUCUCAAAUCCAGACAAAGCUCCAUAUUAUCCCCCGUCUAGAAGAAUAACUACGGACAGCAUGCUCCAUCUUCCCCGGAAAACAGAGCCCAGAAGAGGCCAGCGCGGUCAUCGUGCAUGAGAUCGACAGCGUACAGAUGGAGAACGGGGCUAAUAAUAAGG